AUGCUCUCACCCAAACAGAACGGAAAGACCAUGCCCUACACACCAGCAUAUUCGCAAGACAUCGAAAAGGGUUUAUCAUCCCCUACCAAGAUAGCCAGGCGGUUCGUAAGUAGGAAACCUAGAUGGAUAAUAGGUGGAUUAGUAUUAUUUGGAGUUGUGUUUUAUUUCUAUGAGAGCGGUAGUGGUGGACCACACAGGGAUCUCGUACCACCCCCUCUACCUCAUCAUCAUGGUCCACCAUCGCCUCAUCACGGACACGGGCACGGUCACGAUUGGUCAGGAGGUGAUGAUUAUGAAGAUGAUGAUUACGAUAUUGACGAUGAUGACGACGACGAUGAUGAAGAUGAAGAUGGUGAAGGAGGAGGAGAAAAAGGGUGGAAGAACUGGUUACCAUUUGGUGGUAAACCUAAACGACCACCACCUAACAUGGGGUAUGAACCUACGAAAACCUCCUCGUCAGUAUCAGAAUACGAAUUCGUAGUUGACAAUAACGGUGACCAUUAUAUUCAAGAUUGGGUUCAACCUAUCGCACCAUUACAUCCUGACUUAUCGCUCCUCCCACCACCCGAAGAGUUAUUACCAGAAAUCAACCCGAGAGAUUCCUCACCACCUAGAGAAGAUGUAUUUCCAGAUGAUAAAUUACGGAUGAUCAUCUCGCCUACGCCGCCCAACGAGGAGAAACCGAGAAAUGUCAUACCCGCUGAUGCGUGGUCGAAGAUGUGGAUGGAAGAGAGGAGACCGGAGGAUUGGAAAGGUCAGAAAGGCGAUAUGAAGAAGGUCCAGUGGAGUGGUUUCGCAAGGGGAAGGGAUACGUGGGAGAACGCUCAGCAGAAGAAGGAGAGGGAGAGUAGAAGGGAUGCGGUGAAGAGAGGGUUCAAACAUGCCUGGGAAGCUUACAAAAGACAUGCUUGGGGCCACGACGAGGUCAGACCUGUCUCGCAGACACCGUCCAAUCCUUUCAACGGCUGGGGCGCGACUAUCAUCGAUUCCCUCGAUACUCUCCUGCUAAUGGGUUUCUCAGACGAAUACAACCUCUGCCGAGCACAUAUCAACCAAGUGAACUUCCAUUGGGUCAAUGGUCGAGAUUGGUCAUCAGGCUAUAUCACGGAAGAUGAAGAAGGUACGGGCGAAGUGUACGCGCUAUCACGGGAUAAAGGUGUCGGUUUACCGGUGUUUGAGACUGGUAUUAGGUAUCUCGGUGGAUUACUUGGAGCAUACGAUCUAUCAGGUGAUAAGUUAUUGGUAGAACGAGCAGAAGACCUAGCGAAUGUUUUGGGAAAAGCCUUCGAUACUGUAUCUGGAUUACCUGCAGGUCGGAUUGAUCCUGGUUUACCUGAAGGAGAGAUGAUCCAUCUUUCGACAGUAUCCAUAGCGGAGGUCGGAUCAAUGUCAUUGGAACUCAUCAGAUUAUCUCAAGUGACCAAUGAUCGAAAAUGGUUCGAUCUAGCUCAGAGAGCAAUGGAUUACCUCGAAGAAAGAGUCAUACCUCGUUCGACUCAGCCGCCCUUGAUCCCUAUGUGGUUCCAACCUGAUACUGCAUUAGAACACAUCCAAUCGGGUGGAUUCACUUUUGGUGGUCUGGCUGAUUCGUACUACGAAUAUCUCAUCAAGACAUACAAGCUUUUGGGUAAUAACCAACAUGCCCAGAUUUGGAAGAAGGUAUAUGAAGAAUCGAUCGAUAAAGCCAAAGAGGUCUUAUAUAAGGAUAUAGAAAUUGUACCGGACAGAGAAUUGUUCACGAUUGGUAAAUUCGAAAAUGGAAGAUUGAUACACGAGUUAGAACAUCUGACAUGUUUCGCAGGAGCGAUGUUAGGAUUAGGAGCGAAAUUGUUGAAUGGUAGAGAAGGUGAUAUGGUUGAUGCUGAGAAAUUAACAAAAACUUGUUAUUGGUUAUCUGCAGAUACGCCUACGGGUUUACAACCAGAGGUGAUGGAAUGGUAUCAACCGCAUGAUGAAGCGGUGAUGUACGAGAACAUAACUCUAGAUAACUUAGAAUCGUACAAACCACCAAUAUCUUCCGAAGAUAUUGAAGAUGCAAUAAACAACGGCGGUACUAUCGCAGGGACACAUAAAGAUAUGGGUGGUCUGUUAAGAUGGAAUGUAGAUGGAGCACCUGUCCGUCCCAGAGAUCCAGCUAUGAAUCCAGUCAAAUAUGCGAAAAAGUUGAAAGGUAGACCGACAGGUGCGAGGAAAGUAGUAGGAAGAGGUAUAAAUCGACCUGAGACGAUCGAAUCGAUCUUCUACAUGUAUAGAUUAACGGGUGAUAGACAAUGGCAAGAAAAGGGAUGGAAAAUGUUUGUCAGUUGGAUGCAGACUGCCAAAGUCGAUGGGGGAAUAUCGAGCGUAGAUGACGUGACGAAAGAAAGAGGACAGUUGAGGUUUGGAGAUAACAUGGAGAGUUUCGCGCUGGCAGAGACUUUCAAGUACCACUUCUUACUUCAAUCUGAACCUGACGUAUUAUCUUUGGAUGACUACGUCCUCAAUACAGAAGCUCAUCCAUUCCUUGUCAAUCCUAUACUUGACCCAACCUCUUCCACCUCUCAUGUCCGAUACUGGACACCAUCCUCGGAUCAAGAUCUAGGAGUAAGAGGACAAGGUACGAAUGUCCAGAAAUUCGCAAGGUUGAAUGUGAUAGACCGUAUAAGAGGUCCAGCUAAGGGUCCACCCAUAGUUCAACAUUUCGGUCAAGGUGGACCACCUCGCCUUGUGGGAGGUGGUGGAGGGAAGGGCAUGGGCGGUGGAGGAGGUAGACCAGGUGAUAGACCGAAGCCUCCUCCAGGUUUUGGGAUGAAGAAGAUCAAAGUUACCGUUGGCGAAGAUGGAGGUGCGAAAUUCCCAGAUGAUUUCUAA